UUAUUUAUUAGAGCUUUAUUAAGUUGGGUGUCACGCGAAAACUAGUUCUCAUUGACUGAGGCUGUCUGCUUGGCUGGUUUUGGGGUGCUCCAUGCGCUCCGGACGCGCAACAUGACGGAGGAGGAGAGCUGCGGAGCGCGCUGAGAGACUCUCCAGGAGUUAGCGUUGUGUUAACGGCGUUAGAGUAUGAAGGGAUGUGACCAGAACUUGUGGUAGAAUGGCACCUUAUCUCACAUGGAUCUCUGAGGGAUGGCAGCUUUUAACCACCACCAUCACCACCACCCGAGCGCGGACCUGCGGCGGCUCUUCCACCGGCUCACCAUCGCGUCCUCUCUGAGCAUCCUCUGCUUCUCCCUGGUUUACCUCCUCACCGGAUGCUGCGAGUCGGAGCUGACUGAAACUUCUGACAUCAAGCAGCCCGCGCUCCUCGUGUCAGGGUCAGGAUGGUCGUACGAGAGGAACGGAACCAGCAAGGAGGUUACCGGCGCGGUUGGCGAAGGCGCGUUCAGCGGUCUUUCCGGGCUGGAGGCGAACAGCUCCGGGAAGGAAUGGACCGCCACUCGGAGGUUACCCCAGGCUCUGAUCAUUGGGGUUAAAAAGGGAGGCACCAGGGCUCUGCUGGAGUUUCUGCGGCUCCACCCGGACAUCCGUGCCUUGGGGUCAGAGCCGCACUUCUUCGACCGGCAUUACGCACGGGGAUUGGACUGGUACAGAAGUAUGAUGCCCAAAGCCCUGGACGGUCAGAUUGUAAUGGAGAAGACACCCCGUUACUUUGUAACCGUGGAAACGCCAGCACGAGUCCAUGCCAUGUCGCAGGAUGUGAAGUUGAUUGUGGUGGUCCGUGACCCUGUGACCAGAGCCAUAUCUGACUACACACAGAUCAUCUCCAAGACCCCCGACAUCCCUCCCUUUGAGAGCCUGGCCUUCAAGAACCGCACCACAGGUCAAAUUGACUCUCUGUGGAGCCCGCUGUGGAUCGGUCUGUACGCCCAGCACCUGGAGCGCUGGCUGGCUUGGUUCCCCAGGACUCAGAUCCAUCUGGUCAGCGGAGAGAGGCUCAUCUCCGACCCGGCUGGAGAACUGGGCAAAGUCCAGGACUUUCUGGGUCUCCAGAGGAUCGUCACGGACAAGCACUUCUACUUCAACAAAACGAAAGGCUUCCCCUGCCUGAAGAAGCCCGAGGGCAGCAGUAAACCUCACUGCCUGGGGAAGACGAAAGGGAGGACACAUGCCUCCAUUGACCCAGAGGUGCUGCAGAGACUGAGGGAUUUUUACAAGCCGCAUAACCAGCGCUUUUAUCAGAUGGCGGGCCAGGACUUUGGAUGGCAAUGACCCUUUGAUUGUGUGCAACCAGUCUUUUGUUGGCAUCACACUUCUUGGGUAGAAGCCUGAGUAAUUCUUCCAUCUGACUGAAACAGAUGGAGUGUAUAAGAUUCAGAGAACAGAGCCAAUUAUCCGCUUCUGACCAGCAGAGGGACAUCUCAGAGACUUAAUAAUGAACAUCCAGUGUCAAUACAUGUACCCAUAUCAAUCAUUCAUCUUGUUCAAGUGUUUGGAAGACCGCUGUGUCAUUUUAUCUAUUAUAGAUGUUCAGUAAAAGAUGUACUUUUGUGGUAUUAAGCAAGGGUGUGUCCUCGCACCUUUCUCAUUUGGUAGGCUACUUAUUCCUACUCCAAGUGGUUCAAUCAACAAUUGUAUGGUCAUGAGACAGUGGUCGCUUUAGGUUACAGCUGUAAAAAGUUAAAUGGUGAAGAAAACAGUGUAGCUUUUAGUGUCUCUGGUUUGCAGUUUAAUCCUGAUGCUCUAGUUGGUAGGCUUUAGUGGCACAGUGAACCCAGAACAGGUGCAUUUUCACACUUCUGAAUUUCCAUAACUUUCUUUUUCUAACUGUUUGCUCUUCAGUCUCAGUGGUUAAGAAUUUAAGGGCAAUCAAUGCAUACAUAUUGGAUAUCGUCCUCCAAGCAUUGUUUCCUAAAAAGGGGGGAUGAAUCUUUUAUGUGGCAAGCAGCGGAGGGGUGAGAAAGAGAAUCUUUAUAUGAGCUGAGAUUGGAUGAGUGGUUUUGUAUUCUUAAAUAAUGAAUGUGGAUAAAUGGAUGUAGCGGAACUGGUGUGGAUCACUUGCUUCCUCGCCUAUUGGCACAUUUAUGUGCUUGGCUUAGGUAAGCAUCCGAUUGCAAAACUACCCUACUGUACGCUGAGAGAAGCAAAGGGACCUCCUGGAGGACAACCAAAACAAGACCAGGUCAAAUCAAUGAGAAGUCAACCUACUGUAUCAACGGCCAUUUCUCUCCAUGUGAUGUAUGAAGCUUUCGGGCUCUGCUGUGUUACUGUGAGAAGGCCUGCUUACAGGGUCUGUUUUCAGUUUGCAUGUAUUUGCACUAGUUUGAAAGCAUUAAAAUAAAACU